GCCAGGCAGGGCGCGGCGGCGGCGGCGGCGGCGGGGUGCUCCCGAGAGGCCAGGGCAGCUGAUGGUUGUGGCCGAACUAUCUCCAGGUAGCUGGGCCCGCCCCCUCUUCCCCACCUACCUCUCGUCCUCCCCCCACAUCAUCACCCUGGCUCCCCUCCCUCAUGACCGCCUGGAUCCUCCUUCCUGUCAGCCUGUCAGCAUUCUCCAUCACUGGCAUAUGGACUGUGUAUGCCAUGGCCGUGAUGAACCGCCACGUGUGCCCUGUGGAGAACUGGUCCUACAACGAGUCCUGCUCUCCUGACCCUGCUGAGCAAGGGGGCCCCAAGACCUGCUGCACCCUGGACGAUGUCCCUCUCAUCAGCAAGUGUGGCACAUAUCCCCCAGAGAGCUGCCUCUUCAGCCUCAUUGGCAACAUGGGUGCUUUCAUGGUGGCCCUGAUCUGCCUCCUGCGGUAUGGGCAGCUCCUGGAGCAGAGCCGGCACUCCUGGGUUAACACCACGGCGCUCAUCAUGGGCUGCACCAACGCCGCGGGCCUCGUAGUGGUUGGCAACUUUCAGGUGGACCACGCCAAGUCUCUGCACUACGUUGGAGCCGGUGUGGCCUUCCCUGCGGGGCUGCUCUUUGUCUGCCUGCACUGUGUGCUCUCCUACCAUGGGGCCGCUGCCCCCCUGGAUCUGGCUGUGGCCUACCUGCGAAGCGUGCUGGCUGUCAUCGCCUUUGUCACCUUGGUCCUCAGCGGUGUCUUCUUCGUCCAUGAGAGUUCGCAGCUACAACAUGGCGCAGCUCUGUGCGAGUGGGUGUUUGUCAUCGAUAUCCUUAUUUUCUAUGGCACCUUCAGCUACGAGUUUGGGGCAGUCUCCUCAGACACACUGGUGGCUGCGCUGCAGCCUGCCCCUGGCCGGGCCUGCAAGUCCUCGGGGAGCAGCAGCACCUCCACCCACCUCACCUGUGCCCCCGAGAGCAUUGCCAUGAUCUGAGGUCAGGAGGGUGGCUGGCCCGGCCUCCGCAGCACCCACCUCUUCUCUUCUCUUCGCAUUUAUUUUGUACCAAAAACAAUUUUCAGACAGUGUUCUGUUGGGAUCUGGGCUUCCUCGCUCCUGGAGAAAUGGCCAUCCCACAUCCACCCGUGCCAUAGAGGAGCAGGCCCGGCAGGCUGCCUCGGCUGCACGCCCUGCUCCCCACACCACAGUAUUGUUUCAUGUUAAAGUUCCCCUUCCUCACUUGCCCAGCCAGCCCUUCAGGUGCCUUCGACUCCCAGUGCCAGAGCCAGGCCACUGGGGUUUCCUGCUGCAGGAAUUGGGGGCUGGAAACAGCAAGAGGGAUUGGAGUCUGGGGGUGGGAGGAGCACGCCUUAGCCUACAGGAAAGGCCCACUUCUGGGCCUGCUGCGCUACACUGGGAUUCUUCACUCUGCCCCUCACUUCCUUUAGGCCAAAUAACACAGCAGGACCACGUGGGUAUUUUAGUACUUUUUUAUAUCUAUUAAAAGAACUCUAAUUUGCA